AUACACUAGCGCAAGCUCUAUGCCGACACUAUUUCCGUACAGUGGUGAAUGGCACGCACGGAACUACUGGCGAACAGGGACUCCGCACACCUUUAUUUUUGAAAGAUAAGUACCAAAGAGACAAGGAGUUCAAAAUUAAAUUUGAUAAUGGCGGACUGUAGUGACUUAGAUAGACAAAUAGAGCAGCUGAGAAAUUGUGAAAUCAUAAAAGAAAGUGAAGUCAAAGCAUUAUGUGCCAAAGCAAGAGAAAUUCUUGUAGAAGAAAGCAAUGUACAGAGAGUAGAUGCACCGGUUACAGUAUGUGGGGAUAUCCACGGCCAAUUUUAUGACCUCAAAGAAUUAUUUAAGGUUGGCGGUGAUGUCCCUGACACAAAUUAUCUUUUCAUGGGUGACUUUGUGGAUAGAGGCUUUUACAGUGUAGAAACUUUUCUUCUUCUUUUAGCUCUUAAAGUUAGGUACCCAGACAGAAUCACAUUAAUUAGAGGGAAUCAUGAAAGCAGGCAAAUCACCCAGGUCUAUGGUUUUUAUGAUGAAUGUCUAAGAAAAUAUGGUUCUAUCACAGUGUGGAGAUACUGUACAGAGAUCUUUGAUUACCUUAGUCUGUCUGCAAUCAUUGAUGGAAAGAUCUUUUGUGUCCAUGGAGGUCUAUCACCGUCCAUUACAACGCUAGAUCAGAUCAGGAUGAUUGAUAGGAAACAGGAAGUACCUCAUGACGGUCCGAUGUGUGAUCUUCUAUGGUCAGAUCCAGAAGAUACCCAAGGAUGGGGUGUAAGCCCCAGGGGUGCAGGUUAUCUCUUUGGUAGUGAUGUCGUCAGCCAAUUCAACGCAGCCAACAACAUUGAUAUGAUCUGUAGGGCGCAUCAACUUGUUAUAGAAGGUUACAAAUGGCAUUUCAAUGAAACGGUGCUAACAGUUUGGUCUGCUCCAAACUAUUGCUACAGAUGUGGUAACGUGGCUGCCAUUCUAGAACUUGAUGAGCAUUUACAGAGAGACUUUACAAUAUUUGAAGCUGCUCCUCAGGAGGUUCGAGGGAUACCCGCCAAGAAGCCUCAGCCAGACUACUUCCUGUGAUAGGCACUACCUCCACUGCUUUUAUACCACAAAGUUUGAUCUUUUUUGUGAUGAGAUCGCAAUAGUUUUCCAACUCUGAUUCAUCAGCACUUGUUCCAGCAGGGCCUGGAAACUCUACUUUAUCGCACGGUCUGCAGAUUAUACAUGGAGGUUAUGUCAUCAUUACAGCACGUGUCGCAGAUGUUUGAACUUCAUUGAUGCCAAUUGUUAUUGCAGUAUUUUAUUACCGACUAUUGCUCCCAAAAUGUCAGAAAUACUGCAACUUUAAUGGAAAAAUAUGGAUUGAUCCUGAAACAGUAUCACCAUGCAUGUUAAUUACAGCAAAGGUGAAAAGCAAUGUUUGUCUAUUCAUCCUCAAACGAAUAUAAUGUUUUGCUUGUAUAUGUAUGUUGGCUGUGUUAUUAUAUUGCCAUCAGGUUUGCUGAUCAAGGAUUAUGAAGGCACUGUGAUUAUUUUAGCAGAUUUGUACUAGCUCUAUAGUUUCAUUCAGUAUGUAAUCUAACUGUAACUUUACUUUGCUAGAGUCUAAAACACUUCCAGUAAGUCAAUUUGCACUCAGCCGAUGCUAACAUAUUAAAGUUGGCAUCUCUAAUAUUCUAUCAUCAAGUUAUUCAUUGUUGACUUUCUGUUGAUGGAAGCACUGUAACUAUGACAUGAUGGAACACAGCUAUGCCAGAGUUGUGACUUGGAUUCACUCAAACUGGACCUGUUUGUGACUUAUGGGAAAUUAAUUUGAACAAGAUGUCCCAGGAAUCUCCUGAAAUCAAGUUUAAAAAGUAUUAGGCAUUUUUAAGAGCUGGGACCAGAAAUAUCUAAUUCCUAUAUAAGAAGCAGUAUAUUUUUACCAUCUUUGUGAUGCAUUGCCCUGCAUUUCUUAUUUGAAUUGAUUGUCACCUAUUAAACGUCAUUGUACUCCUACUUGAUGAACUCAAUUUAAUUAGUUUUUUAUAGAACAUUUUGAUGACGCAUAUUUUGAAUACAAAUGUAUAUUAAAGGUCACCUUGAAUAUGUGAACUAUCAUCACAUCGCCUUAGUUAAAUGAUCACCGUGAAAGUUGUCAUGGUCUUUAUCUUGUAGGUCAUACCAAGUGCACAUUUUAUCCAGUAUCCAAAUUUAUACAUUAUGAAAGAUACAUACAUGUAGUCGUAAAGUGACAACCAACAAUGUCAGAUUGUUCCAUGAUGGUAUUACAGAACUUGGUAUUAAGAGGUUUAUGAUGUUCACUUGUUGUUUAGAGCAUUCUUUGUUUUGAAAGAUAAUGAGGUCGAAAAUGGUAAUGAAACAAUGUAGCCUAUUACUUGUUUAUCAUUAUAGACUUGAUAGACACAGUGUGAAUUUGAACAUGCACUCCCAAACAGCAUGAGAUUUAUACUGAAAGGCUUGAGUGCCUGAUAAAUUGUGAGCAUUAGCUCAUCAUAAAAACUACUGUUUUUAAUCUUUUUAUGGUACUAGGUAUAUGCUUGUGACAUUAUUGUAUUUAAUUUGAGGAGUCUUGGAAAGGUUUGUGAAAUGGACGACUACUACACCUGUAUAAUUGAGUCUGCAUAAAUGGACCUUUUAUAAGUUGAAUCAUCGCCCAAGUUAGAAUAAAUUUUAGAACAGAUUUUGCAAAGCAUGUGUCAUUAACCUCUCCUAAUUUUACAUAUAAAGUGGAACAUAUUUGUGUGGUCCCAAAGUCUUAUGCAGACUCACUUGUAAUGUAUCAUUUUGUCACAGUAUUAUAAAGGUAUAGAGUUAUGGAGUGUAGUAGACUGGUCUCAGUAUGUGGUGGUAAACUUGAUGAACCAUGUGUUCUUACUAUUGUCAGUUUUGUCAUAUUUUGUACUUACACAAGGAUGAUGGUCAGUAGUAUUUACAUCAAAUAUUUUGGGAGUGGGCAACUUGUUAAUCACUUUGCAUAAUAGCCAGGGGUUCUGAUUGUAUUUUGGAAACCUGUGCAUCGGCCAGGGAUUACUAUUGGGUGACUACUUCACAAAAAUGUGGGUGACUCCCAUGAAUAGCUGGCCAUAUUCAACUGAGAGAUAAACCCCAGUAUGGAACAUUGUUGAUAUGCCAAAUGGAUUAAUCUUGUGUAAAGAAUGAGAUGAAAAAACUGGCAUAUUAAAAUUAUCAGUCAGUAUUUUGUCUUGGAAUUUGAUUGUUUGUUACUUUGAUUUUUCACACGUCAGGUUGAGGUUUUGCUGUGUAAGGGGAUUCACACUAAAGUAACCUGGGGUCGAUAGAAAUAGCUGAAAUUAAUUAAUGAUGAUGAGAAGUAAUCCAGGGUACCUUGGCAUAAAACUAUUUUCAUGGUAAAUGUGUCAAUUGCAAUGACCAUGUCCAGACAAUUUUUACUGUAUUGAGCUCUGUCACCAUAGUAAUUGCCAUUGAUACCAAAGUUACUAUCAAUGACAACUUGUGUUACUUGGCCAUAUAGUUAUUUUCUUUUGUCAUCAGCCCGUAAAGGGGUGUGCAAUUCAUGGAAUCAAUACAGGUUGUACUCUGAACUACAGUUUAACAUAAACCAUAUUCAAAGUCUUGGCUACAACUACAUGUAUGGGAACAAAUGACUGCCAAACAUUUGUUUACUCUAUAUGCUUCUUGUGAGUAUGGAAACAGAUCUUUCAUAUGCUUUAAUAGGGGGGAGGAAACCCAUUGUAUUAAUCAUUUAAAGGUGGUUAGCAAUGCUUUUGGUGCCACAUGUGACGAUAGAUUGAACAUCUUUUUAUUUGAUAUUUGCAUUGCAUGUAGCUACCCAUAUACUUAAACUACCAGUUAGGCAAUGGCUUAAGUUAAACCAGAGUUCAGAAUACGCCAUAGAAUCUUUUCAAUGGAUGAUUUAAAGUACUAAAUCAGACUGCACACGGCGAGUUGCAGGAUAAACAGAACAAUCAAUUGAAAAUGAAACUUGUAAUUUAUAGCUUAACACAAAAUGAUGACAAUCUGAACAUUGGCCUUGCCUCAAGUUUAAUGUUGUUGCUUGGGCCUGUUGUGUAACACCUUUUACCAUAAAGACCUUUUUAUGAAUUGAAAAUAAUGGUUAGUACAAUGGUGCUAUUGACUUUAUCACAGGAAAAAAACAAACCUGUGAGGUGUUUCAUAAAGCUGUUCAUAAGUUAAGAAAGACUUUAAGAAAGACUGAACCUUUCUUACACGCUAGAUAAUCACCAAUGAACAUUUAAUGGUGAAUAUGAUCUACCACAAGGAUCACCAGUUGUUCUUAAAGUUGCUCUUACAAACAGCGUUAUGAAACACCCACUUGGUAUAAAACAAUCAAGUUUUCUAUGCAGUGCACAUCUCUUAUAGGGUGUUGCAAGAAACUUGCAAAUAUCAUUUUGUCAUUUGUAGGUCUAUUUUGAGUAAUUAAAUCAAAUUGUGCUCACUGCUGCAAGAACAAUCACUCGCAAGUUUGCAAUUAAUCACAAUACAUAAGAUUGUUUGAACAAACAUGACUUUAUUUGCAAUCAAUCCCAGGUUUCUUGCACUACCUUCUUUCUUGGUGAAUCCCGUACAUGUACCGGGUAGUUUACUGAUAGUCAAAUCUGUUUAUUUUCUGUCUGUUUUACUGAGAAAGCUUUCUGAACAUAUCAACAGUGAGACACAUUCUUGCAGAAUUAUUU